AUAUUGAGAAAGAACAAUGGGGAUAGUGAAGCAGCUCACAACGUGAGGGUUUUAGGAUCAGGCGAACAAAAAGUAGUUCUGGGGCAUGGGUUUGGGACGGAUCAGUCAGUGUGGAAGCACCUUAUCCCUCACCUCGUCGAUGAAUAUCGUGUCAUCCUCUACGAUAAUAUGGGCGCCGGUACAACAAACCCAGACUACUUCGAUUUCGAACGCUAUUCGACGCUUGAGGGGUUUGCGUACGAUUUGCUUGCCAUUUUAGAAGAGCUUCAAGUUGAUUCCUGCAUCUUUGUUGGUCACUCAGUCUUGGGCAUGGUAGGUUUCAUCGCCUCCAUCGCACGCCGCGAUCUUUUCUCCAAGAUUGUUACGGUCUCCCCCACUCCAAGGUUAAUUAUUGAAUGAUGGGAAUUACCAUGGAGGAUUCAAGCGAGAAGAUCUAGACCAGAUAUUCGAAGCGGUGUCGUCAAAUUACAAGGCAUGGUG